UUUUAAUAAGAUGUGGUUUGGAUUUAAAAAAUAGAAUGACACCCAAAAUACUUAGCAAGUUCAACAAUUUCCUGCAUAUAGACACAAGGCAGCUCAUUAAUAAGGUUAGUGCAUGUUUAAUAUAUAACGUUAGGAGGUCUUAACUUAUCAUUUGGGGAAGAAAAUUCUGAAACUUAAAAAGUGGCAGCAAGUGUGUUUAAACAAUUGAGUGGCAAGUUGAUAACAGGAAAUUUCGGAUCAUUGAUGCAAAUUAGCAAGCCCAUCGCAAUGUCUUUGGAUAUGAGUUUUUUACAUGGAGUGGCUUUGUAAAAAAUAAUAAUAUAAACUUAAGAGGACACACAUUUGGUAAUUUAUUGGAAAGAUGCAGCCAGUUAUCACCAAUGGAAUAAAUUAAAUAUAUCUCGGCUUAUCAAGUAAGAAUAGUAAUCAUCAUAUAGAUAUCCGGAUUGCAUUGCAAUGGGGAAAUUACAAAAAUGAAAUCACCUUUGGAUCCAUUAGUGGGAGAGACAAUUUAAGUAAUGUUAUAGUAUCUAUGAGUGUAGUUGGUGAAAGAGGAUGGCACAUAAUUUUUUGCAGAAUAAACAUCUUUCGAUCCACCAAUUUGUUUUUAUUACAUAUAGGGAAAUAAUUAUAAAAUAUACGGAGAUGACAGAUUAGAAAUAUCAGUACACAAGACUGUCAAUUCAUUAACAGGAGUGCAGAAUGGUNUAUCGAUGUAGAACUAUAUCCUACAAUUCUAUGAGAAUAAUUAUCAAUUUCAUAGUUUAUUAUUAUUUAAUACUAAUAUAUAUCGAGAAUUACCAAUAUAAAACAACUUAUAAACAAUAAAUGAAAAUGUACUUGUUAGCUCAACAAUAGUAAGGUACCAUUGA